AUGAGCAAAUACACCGCUGAAGAGAAGCAGCAAUUGCUGGAUAACUUAGCCAUCGAAACCGCCCAUCGGAUACGCAUGCUACAAACGCGACUGGCCGACGAAGUCUCUGCCUACAUCGCGCGACACGAACGACAAAUCACUGCACUUCCCAAACUCGUACGCGCGCUCACUAUGAAGGAAUUUGCCGACAACUAUAAUGGAGACCCGCAAGCUGCACUCGUUGGACUGCAGAAGGCGCGGAUGGGAUACGAUGCACCACCACUCGACCGUACGGCUAUGAAACGCAAGUGGGUUCAGGAUGUCGAGGACAAAGGAGAAGGCCCGAGCAAAGCCGCGCAUGGCCACGAUAUUAACCCUGCUAAAUCUACCAAGAACGCGCGUAUGGCACCACCUAGUCCCAUCAAGAAACCCGCAUUCGGUGGCGGCGGAGGCGCCCGCAACCCACCACCACCCUCCAAGAUCCCGCCUUCACCCCGUAAACGCGUCAUCUCCGGUGCACCUCCGCCCUCACCAAACAAAGCACCCAAAUCUCGCAUGCCCACCACAUCCAACUUUGCUCCUGCAUUACCCAAGACGCCCGGAUUCCCUCGUUGGCCUCAGAAGCACGAGAAUAUGCUCAGCGUCAACGGCUCGCCGCUUGCGAACCCGUACGAGCUGGGUUUGGAUUGGCUGGCGCAUGAUUCGCCUGAUGGAAUGAGGGCGUCCACGUCAUCUGUGGAUGAAGACGGGAGGCCAAAGUCGCGUAUUGUGAUACGGCCGGAGGGCGUGGGCCACUCUCGCAAUAACUCGCAAGCCAGCAACUUGUCUGGUGUGGGUGGCAGGGCAAAUAGCAGGCAGGGCAGGGACGCGGGUGGAGCAUUCAGUGCACGCGUGGCUGUUCCGACGAAGGACGGACAUAUGCUCGAAUUCGACCCGUUGCAUACCAGUCCUGCGGCGCUUGACAAGCUCAGUGGGAUCACGGACAGCGCGAAGAAGCAGGCCAAGGAGGACAUGGCGCGGCUCCUGCAGCAAGCCGUUCGCAAAUGGAACAUCGACUCUUAG